ACAACAGAUAGCAGCAGCAAUGGCGUCCACCUCCUGCUUCCUCCACCAGUCCACCGCGCGGCUGGCCGCCUCGGCGCGCCCCGCGCCAGCAGUCGGGCGCACCCAGCUGCUCGUCUGCAAGGCGCAGAAGAACGACGAGGCUGCAUCUGACGCCACCGCGGUCGUCACCAGCCGCCGCGCCGCGCUGUCCCUCCUCGCCGGCGCUGCCGCCGUCGCCGUCAAGGUCUCACCGGCCGCCGCCGCCUACGGAGAAGCAGCCAACGUGUUCGGGAAGGCGAAGAAGAACACGGACUUCAAGACGUACACCGGGGAGGGGUUCAAGCUGUUGGUCCCGGCCAAGUGGAACCCGAGCAAGGAGCGUGAGUUCCCCGGCCAGGUGCUCCGCUACGAGGACAACUUCGACGCCACCAGCAACCUCUCCGUCGUCAUCAACCCCACCACCAAGAAGACCAUCACCGACUACGGAUCCCCUGAGCAGUUCCUCUCCGAGGUCGGAUUCCUCCUCGGCCAGCAGUCAUACGGCGGCAACACCGACUCCGAGGGUGGGUUCGAGUCAGGCGCCGUGGCCACGGCCAACGUACUCGAGAGCUCCGCGCCGGUCGUGGACGGGAAGCAGUACUACAGCAUAACGGUGCUCACCAGGACGGCGGACGGGGACGAGGGAGGCAAGCACCAGCUCAUCACCGCCACCGUCGCCGACGGAAAGCUCUACGUCUGCAAGGCGCAGGCCGGGGACAAGAGGUGGUUCAAGGGCGCCAAGAAGUUCGUCGAGAACGCCGCCGGAUCCUUCAGCGUCGCAUAAAUAUGACCCCAUCGAAUUUAAUCGAAAUUUGCUCAGGGAUGCACCGUACGUGUAGAGGGGCAUGUGCAUGUGUGUUUCUUUGACUGUACAUGAGGAAUGGAUGAACAAGAGGUCGACUUCCCUCAACCAUUCAUGUCUGGACAGCGAUUAAGAAAUCUUAGCAGUAAUAAUGUUUCUUUCUUUUUUGUAUCUCCCUCUCUUUAUAAGAAAGUUCACGUGUGUGAUGCGCACAGCAACAAA